GACAGUUUCAUCAGCAGCCCUCUCGGUUAGGGGAGGAGUCGUGCACAUGCGGGGCCCACCUCUGCUCAAGAGUUUGUGUGAUAAAUGAAAGAAUAAGAGCUUAACGAAGAUGAACAAGACUCAAUAGAAGACAGGCAGGUACAUAGACGGGACAAGCUAAACUGAAGCUUCAACAAGUCAAUUUAGCAAAGUUACUGCCAUGCUGCUGCGAAGGCUGACCCUGUGUUCAAGGACCCCCCUGGAUUUCCAGAGACACGUAUACCGGCUGCUCGCCAGACCGCUGACUCAAGCUCCCCAGGGGAGAGCUCAUGGCAGCUCCUUUGCACAUCGCAGCGAACUGCGUCAAGCCAAGAGGAUCGUAGUCAAGCUCGGCAGUGCUGUGGUCACCCGGGGCGAUGAAUGUGGACUGGCUCUGGGGAGGCUGGCCUCUAUUGUGGAGCAGGUGGCCAUGCUGCAGAAUCAAGGCAGGGAGAUGAUGAUCGUCACCAGUGGAGCAGUGGCCUUUGGCAAGCAAAGAUUAAGACAUGAGAUCCUGCUGUCCCAGAGUGUACGACAGGCGCUGCACUCAGGACACAAUCAGCUCAAAGACAUGUCUUUGCCGGUGCUGGAGGCUCGGGCCUGUGCUGCAGCUGGACAGAGUGGCCUGAUGGCCCUGUACGAAGCCAUGUUCACCCAGUACAGCACUUGCACUGCACAGGUGCUCGUGACAAAUCUGGAUUUCCAUGAUGAUGACAAGAGGCAGAACCUGAACAGCACACUGCAGGAGCUGCUACGCAUGAACAUCGUGCCCAUCAUCAACACCAAUGAUGCUGUGGUGCCCCCACCGGAGCCCAACAGCGACCUGCAGGGGGUAAAUGUGAUCAGCAUUAAGGACAAUGACAGUCUGGCGGCGCGGCUAGCUGUGGAGAUGAAGGCUGAUUUGCUCAUCGCGUUGUCUGACGUGGAAGGACUGUACAACAGCCCUCCUGGAACAGAUGACGCUAAGCUCAUUGACAUCUUCUACCCUGGAGACCAGCAGUCCAUCACCUACGGUACAAAGUCCAGAGUUGGACUUGGAGGCAUGGAAGCCAAAGUCAAAGCUGCACUCUGGGCCCUGCAGGGCGGCACCUCUGUGGUCAUUGCAAAUGGCACCCACCCGAAAGUGACAGGCCAUGUCAUCACUGACAUUGUGGAGGGCAAGAAGGUGGGAACAUUCUUCUCUGAGAUCAAACCUGCUGGCCCAACUGUGGAGCAACAGACAGAGAUGGCACGUAACUGUGGAAGAACCCUGGCAUCUCUACACCCAGACCAGAGGAGUGAGAUCAUCUGCCAUCUAGCAGAGCUGUUGGUCGAAAGGAAGGAAGAGAUUCUGGCUGCCAACAAGGUGGACAUGGACCUGGCUGGAAAUGCAGGCCAUUUACCACCAGCCAUGCUAAAGCGUCUGAGUUUGACACCAGCCAAACUUAACAGCUUGGCCAUAGGUCUGCGGCAGAUAGCUGUGGCCGCCCAGGACAGUGUGGGUCGCGUGCUACGCAGGACCAGGGUGGCUCACAACCUGGAGCUGGAGCAGAUCACUGUGCCCAUCGGAGUUCUUCUGGUCAUCUUUGAGGCCCGACCUGACUGCCUGCCACAGGUGUCAGCACUGUCCAUAGCCAGUGGCAACGCCCUCCUGCUGAAGGGAGGCAAAGAGGCAGCCAACACCAAUCGUGUCCUCCACGAACUCACCCAGGAAGCCCUUUCCAUGCACGGGGUCAGGGAGGCUGUGCAGCUGGUGAGCACUCGUGAGGAGGUGGAGGACCUGUGCCGACUGGACAAGGUGAUCGACUUGAUUAUCCCUCGAGGUUCAUCCCAGCUGGUGCGGGACAUCCAGCGGGCGGCCAAGGGCAUCCCGGUGCUCGGUCACAGUGAGGGAAUCUGCCACGUCUACGUCGAUGCAGAUGCCAGCAUUGACAAAGUCAUCAAAAUUGUCAGAGACUCCAAGUGCGACUAUCCAGCUGCCUGUAAUGCCAUGGAAACUCUGCUGAUCCACAGGGACAUCCUCAGGACCCCACUGUUUGACCAGAUCAUUGACAUGUUACGAACUGAGCGGGUGAAGAUUCAUGCAGGUCCUCGGUUCGCCUCCUAUCUGACGUUUAGCCCAUCAGAGGCAAAGUCCCUGCGGACAGAGUACGGUGACCUGGAGUGCUGCAUGGAGGUGGUGGACAGCAUGCAGGAGGCUGUGGACCAUAUUCACAAGUAUGGCAGCUCCCACACAGAUGUAAUCAUCACAGAAAAUGAGGACACGGCGGAGCAGUUCCUGCAGCAGCUGGACAGCGCCUGUGUUUUCUGGAACGCAAGCUCACGUUUUGCUGAUGGCUACCGCUUUGGACUGGGAGCAGAGGUUGGCAUUAGCACAGCUCGCAUCCACGCCCGCGGCCCAGUUGGGCUGGAGGGGCUGCUCACCACGAAGUGGGUCCUAAGAGGUGACGGGCACACAGCAGCCGACUUCUCAGAACACGGUACCAUGAAGUACCUCCAUGAAAACCUGCCUGUUGAGCAGCCGCUAGCCGGACAGAGGGACAGCAACUAGACCAAAGUCUUCCGCAACUCUCACUUGGCCUUAACAUUGGUCAGAAUGGUUCGCACUGGCCACCAGCAGCUCCCCUCAGGGUCUUGUUGCAGAUAAUGACUGAUGUCACUUUUGAAACUUCAAGGAAAGAGACGUUUAGCAUUAGCAGGUCCAUUUUAUCAGCAUAGGCUUGAGACUUGUUUCUAUUCAGACUGUACUGUUGUUCAUGGAUGAAGAGUUUACAUAUGCCUUAAAUUCUACCUCAGCUUAUUAUACUUUUAUAUAUGAGCAGGUAAGUGGCCCUCAUUGGCAUUUACAAAACAAAGCUGCGAUAAUACAAUAAUACAUUAAGCUUGGAAGCUGUGUGCAUGAAGGAACUCAACUCUUUAAGAAAAAUACACAGUUGCAGUUGAUUUCAGACUUAGAGCAGUUUUAAGUUCACAUAAUAUUUAAUUCAAUACAUUGUACACAUGUCCUCCUUUUCCAGCUGUAAUCCUUGAAAUUGUUGUAUCAAAGGACAUGAAGUAUCAACGACGUACUCUGAAUCAUAAUUUUAUUUAUUUAUUUUUGCAUUUUUUUAUAAGGCAAUCACAGGACAGGGCUUUGAAACAGACACUAAUUAACUAAAAUUUAGUUUAUUCAUAAAAUGUGAAAAAGACAGACAUUGUAACCAAAAGGUACUUUGCCCAUUUCAUUGUGUAAAGCUAACUAAAAAGUUAGUGAAGCAGACAAUAACAGUAUUUUUGUAUAUUUAUCUAAAAUAAAUUUUGUUUAUUUGAUAUACAUUGUAUAUUAUAAUCUGUUCUUUCAGAAAAUGAAGUUCCAGCUCUAAUUAUACAUAUUAUGUAACCAAAGGCCCAAUUUUAUUUUAGCUGAUUGCACAGGUUCCUUACCCACAAGGUUUCAUACUCCCUGUACUCUAUUUGCUGUCUUUGUCCAUGUAACACCAGUUUAUGUUUUCUUACUGUAAUUCCAGGUUGCAUGUUUCGUUGUCUGCCUGUUUCUUAAUGCACAGCUAUUUUGAUGAGAUGAGGUGCUGGUGCACAUAAAUUCAGACAUGUUGUAAUACAACUUGGCAAAUGUGUUUUACAGAUUUUAAGAUUUUUCUGAAUUCAACUUCAUUACAUUUCAGAAAUUUACCAGUUUUAUUUUAUACUGUAAAGUUAAAGUAUACACUCCAGCUUGUAUGCAUCCAUUUUAUUUACUGUUUUGUAUUUAUUUGAUCAUCAUCAGUUGUGCUCAUUUUUCCAUGCUUUGCGUUUUUUCCUGCUUGUUCCUUGUGGCGCCCAGAGCCCCUGUCAGUGCAGGAACAGUAAUUGACAAGCUGCCUCCUUCAAGCUGGAGGGGAGAACAUGACUGCUUUUAAAUUAAGCUCUGUAACAUUCCAGCCUCUGAGCUCCUAUGUGAUGUCUUGCAGUGCACACUUAAGGAUUGGUUUGGUUGUUUAAUAGUAGCAUUGUCGAAUAAAAAAUAUUGAAAAAGAAUAUUUUUGGGAU